GGUGUUUCCAGAGUCAAAGCUUAUCAACUGUGGAGCUUCAUUUGUGUGUCACUGACAUGGAAACAUUUGAGCAGCACUUCUGCAGAUAACCAAACGCUUCUUCCUCCUCCUUUGGUGCCCCACUCCCUCUGCCUCUAUGUUUUUCAGUGUCAAAUACCUAAUGCUGUUAUUUUUAUCUGUGUAGCUAUAAUGCAAUAAAUGCAAAAUACAUGUAAAGGAGUAUACGAUAUGUCAUGGCUAAUAAUGGUCAUGCUGCCUGUAGAAAACAGAAAGCAUUUGGAACAUGGUCAAAAGUCACUUUGUUACUCAAAACUCCAAAUGAAUAUGUAUUAUUAUUGUGGUUGUUAUUGUUGUUACUUUUCUCAUUUCACUCAUGACAGUAGAAUAGUUUUUCAAGACAACACAAUUUUUCAAAUAAUAAUAGGAAUGCGCAGUUUCCAUCCUACUUUCUGAUACUUGUGUAAAAACACAACCCCUGACAUAAGCUUAUUAUAUUUUGAAAAUCCCUACCGGAAGCCCGCACUCUUACUGUCGACAGCGCGCUCUCUGGCUCGGCUCAGCAUCUGUCUUCACCAGAGUGCACGGAGCGCGCAGGAUGAACCCGUUACGCAUUACGCACUAUGGUGUCCUUCCCGGCACGGAUGGUUUUCUGACACGCGCUUCUGACUGGCGUAAAGACAUUACGUCUUAAAAGCGGCGGGCGACUUGCAGUGAAAAAGAAGACAAGGUCUCCGUUUGUCUUGAAUGCAGAAGAGGGAGAAAACGCGAGUGUUUCGUGGAGACUCUUGUUUUCUCCGCUCCGACGCGCGCACACACUUUUUUUGGGGGGGGGACUUAUUUUCUAACGGGAUAUCAUUUGCUGCAUCUACAUUUUGGGGGGUGUUUACUAUAUGUGGAUACUUAUUCGGGACCAUGGGAGACUCCGUGUUCCUCGACAGGCAAAAUUCCUAUCUUGGUGACUUCACCUGGAGCAGCCUGUCGGGGCGGAGCGUGCGUCUGACGCCGGUUGCCAUCCAGAGCCUGUCGGAGCUGGAGAGGGCCAGGCUGCAGGAAGUAGCCUACACCCGAUUACACCAGGACUAUGAUCUGGGAUGUCAGAUUACCAUGCCGAAAGAUGGACAGAAGAGGAAAAAGUCGCUGAGGAGGAAGUUGGACUCGCUAGCAAAAGAGAAGAGCAAAGACAAAGAAUGCAUUCCCCAAGCCUUCAGUAUAGUGCUCUCCCAGGUCAUUGCUAAUGACAGAACUCACAGGCAGCGUCAGGACGGCCAUCGUCAGGACCCGCCGCAACGCGAGGAGCACAAGGACUCCUCUGACCUUGUCUCGUCCAUUUUACAGUUUGCCACCAAGCGGACGUCCAAUAAGGAGUUAUCCAGCAGUAACUCCUCUUUGAGUUCCACAUCGGAGACGGCCAAUGAGUCAACGUCACCCAACACGCCCGAGGCUGCACCCCGAGCAUGCAGGAGGGGAGGCAUGUCAGUGGACUCGAUCACGGACCUGGACGACAACCAGUCUCGCCUGCUCGAGGCCCUGCAGCUCUCUCUGCCCACCGAAACGCUGAAUAAAAAGGAGAAGCACCGGGACAAAAGGCUGAGUCUCAAUCCCAUCUACCGUCAGGUGCCACGGGUGGUCGACAGCUGCUGUCAGCACAUCGAGAAAUAUGGUUUGCAGACUGUUGGGAUCUUUAGAGUGGGAAGCUCCAAGAAGAGAGUCCGACAGCUACGUGAGGAGUUUGACCGCGGCAUUGACGUCCAGCUGGACGAGGAGUACAGCGUUCACGACGUGGCUGCUCUGCUGAAGGAGUUCCUCAGGGACAUGCCCGACCCGCUGCUCACCAGGGAGCUCUACACGGCCUUCAUCAACACCACAUUGUUGGAUUCAGAUGAACAGCAGAAUGUUACUCAGCUGCUGGUCUACCUGCUCCCAGCAUGCAACAGCGAUACCCUCCACCGCCUCCUGGAGUUUCUGUCCACCGUUACCGACCACGCCCACGACCGGCAGGACAAAGACAGACAAGAGAUCACCGGGAACAAGAUGACGUCUCUGAACCUGGCCACCAUCUUUGGCCCUAACCUGCUCCACAAGCAGAAGAGCUCGGACAAGGAGUUCAGCGUCCAGAGCUCGGCCAGAGCCGAGGAGAGCACGGCCGUCAUUGCCGCGCUGCAGAGGAUGAUCGCCAGUUACCACACCCUCUUCAUGGUGCCUCCUGAUCUGCAGAACGAGGUUUUGAUGAAUCUGUUGGAGACGGAUCCAGAUGUAGUUGACUACCUUCUGAGAAGAAAAGCCUCACAGAGUCCCGACCUGUUGCAGUCAGAGGAGUCCUUCUCCAUGAGCGAGCGCCAUUCCUCCAGCGACUCCAACAAGGUGUCCAGCGGCGAGGUGUCCCCUUACGACAACAACUCCCCGAUCAUGAGUGAGCGGAGAGGGGAACCGGGGAGCGAGCCGCUCUUCUGUGUCCCGGAACAGUACACUCUGGUGGGGCAGGUGGCCGGCUGGAGCAGAGAGCCCGGGGCCGACACUUGGGGCAGCAAAGACGCUUUAUCAGAGGAGCACGCUAACAUUUGGGGGACGUGGCACACGACGCUGAAACCAACACUCAAGGACCAUGCACACACAGGUUCCCAUGGCAACAUGUCAGAGGGAAGUUCCCGCAGCUCACAGGAAGGCCUCGACGGACUCCAUGGCGACGGCAGGCAGCAAGCAAUGCUGCAACGGACUCAGACGGCGCCUGGCAUCGGCGAGUGCAGGCCCCACCCCCCGGUCACCAGAGUGUGUACCAGCCCCCACGUGGAGCCGGGACCACCACGCCUGCAGCUCAACGCCAACCCCUCGGUGAUGUCCCACCUCAACAGCACGCAAGGGCCCCAUCGAGCAAGUGGACACGCGCUUAACCCGACCUCCAGACCUCAAGGCGGGUUGAGCACCGGCGAGGGCGGCCCUGCUGUGCUCAACGACAGACGCACCCCACCCCCUUACAGCGGCCGCCAUCUGCGACUGGCUAGUUCGCACAGUUCACCUCAGCUCGCGACGGCUCAGCGGCCCCCUCUGCAGCACGGGAGGCAGAGUGCGGCGUCGAGUAACUCGGCCUCAACGACAGAGAGCCAAAUGGUGCCGCAGAGCCCAGAGUGGCAGGACUGGCAGAGGGACCGGUGGCAGAUCUGGCAGCUGCUGUCCUCGGACAGUGCCGACGCACUGCCUGAAACGCUGGUGUGAUCUCGGGCCAUGGACUUAAUCUCUGUGGAGAUUCUGAUGGCAUGAUCAAACCCCUCCAAUGACAAUCGCUCCUCACCCCUCCCUUCAUUUCAUGUUACCCGUCAGCUCGCCUUUUCAUCCAUCCAUGGAUUUCAUCCUUUCCAUGAACCCCCCUGUGCUUCUCCUGCAUCCCAGUGCCAUGGAGUUGUUGUUUACGUGUGCAGCUGCUGCCUUAUACAGACUUUUACAUCCAAGAGCCACUAGUAUUUCUUGUUUUAAAUGGAUGCUGCUUCUGUUGUUUGCCCAUUAUGUUUUGAUUUGAUGCCCACCAGAAAUACCUCAUGAAACAAUCCUUUCCCAACUCCUCAGAAUGUUCCCACGCUCUUAUUUUCUAUUCACAGUGACUUCAGUCUUCAUAUCUCAAUGGAGAACAAUAGGAAACCAUUUGUUUCUUUAGUUUGUUGUAUUUUCAAUUCAUACAUUUUAGAUUUUUUUUAAAAACUCCUUUUCACCGUCCAGGCACCAACAUGUACCCAUUAGUCAUUGCUGCUAAGUGUAGAAUUUCUGUGUUCGUACUGGUAUUGCAAUUCAGCCACUCCUGUCUAAAAAGAUCAAGUGUACUUAACCGUCA